ACACAGAGGAAACAUUUAAACACACAGUCCUCUGCCUGCCUCGCAGUGUUCUGUUUAUAGCAGGAAUCAGCCAUGCAACUCAGCCCAGGGUGGCAAGUUACCUGAUCAUAGAAGAUGAAGUUUGUCUGGCAUGACCUGCUCGUAACAAAGCCAUGUUGGAAGGAGUGUUCUGUCAGCCUCUGAGGGAUUUUUGGGGAAAGAGAUGUUAAAUUCUGCCCCAACUCUGUGGUCUGCCGUGAAGAUUCCUGCAUUGACUUCCUGGCUCAUGGGGGGUCAUCUGCUUCUAAGACACAAGAAAAAGAACAUAGCUGGUAUCCACAUAUCCUAUGACUGUUCCAUGUGGUAAGAACUUGCAAACAACUUUAAGAUCUUUGCAACCUCCUAGAGAGUCUGUCAAGGCGCAACUUAAAAGCUCGUUCAGGCGACCAUGACCCCCUGCUAGCAGAUUGUCUGCCUAAAAGGUCAGUCAGCAAUGGCUGCAGCAGAAAUUCCCAGUUACAUUGUUUCUUCUCAGACUGAGAAACACAGAAGGGCCAGAAACUGGACUGAUGCAGAAAUGAGAGGUUUAAUGCUGGUUUGGGAAGAAUUUUUUGAUGAACUGAAACAAACUAAAAGGAAUGCCAAAGUUUAUGAGAAAAUGGCUAACAAACUCUUUGAAAUGACUGGAGAAAUUCGCCACGGAGAGGAAAUAAAGAUAAAAAUUACAAAUAUGACAUUCCAGUACAGGAAAUUAAAAUGCAUGACUGAUAGUGAAACUGUUGCACCUGACUGGCCUUAUUACAAAACCAUUGAUAGGAUCCUGUCUAAAGUAACAGAACACAGUGAUGUGAAAAUGCAUGAAAGUCAGCAACCAGGUCCUUCUACAUCACAGACUGAAGCCUCACAGUCACCAUCAGCUAAGUCUACACCUCUCUACUUGCCAUAUAACCAAUUUACUUAUGAAGGAAGGGAAGAGUGUUUUGAAGAUGAACAUUCAGAGAGCUCAUCGAGCCUACUUUCUUACAAGCUUAGAGCUGAAGAAAGACCAGUUAAGAAAAGAAAACUGCAGAGCUGUAGUUUCCAAAAGAAGAAGCUAAAAUUAAUGGAAGCCAUGUUGGAAGAACAAAAGAAAUUAAGCAGAGCUAUGGAAGAAACCUGUAGAGAGGUGCGCAGGAUUUUGGAUCAGCAAAACAUCAUUCAAGUUCAAAGCUUACAGCUACAGGAAAGAAUGAUGAACCUAUUGGAGAAAAUGAUUUCUAAGUCUAAUGUGUAGGAUUUUUGUCAAUGCUGCUCAAAGUAUUAAUAUUAUAGACAUCCCCUAAUGCAUACCUUAUGAGUGUCGGUUGCCAUCUUCCCAGGUUUUCCAUGAAAAGUAAAAUCUUAGAGUAAUCCUAGUUAAUUCAGGGUGAGAAUUAUCCAGAGCCUUGUGGAGUUAAUAAGGAUUAGGAAACUGGUGCAAUAUAUGCCUAAGUUCAACUAUUUUUGUAUUGAAAGGUUAAGGAAUGAGUAGCUCUGGGAAACAUUUUUUUCCUGUACUAUUUAUGCUUAGGUCAGCUAUUAAUUUACAAGCAGCAUUGUUGCCUACUGGUUCACACCAAGGACUGUCAACCUGACCUAUUGUAGAACAACAAAAUAGUAUACUUUCCACAUAGAGUAAGUCAGCAAUCUGCACUGUUUUUGGGCUGAGUGCCAAAAACACCUGCAACCUUGACUUGUAAGACAUUGGUGUGCUAGGAGCGGAUGUCAGGGGAGCUGCAAGGGCCCGAUCCUUGUUGUGGCAGUGCAGCUUCAGUCCUUUUCCCAACGUCCGCCCUGAGGCACGCAUGCCAAGGAAAAUGCCUUUAUAUGCCAUGCUCUGGCACCCAUGCCAGGGGUUGCCUACCCCAGCAACUAAAUGCAUCUCUGACUCUGCUGAAGGCAAACUCAGUUUUGACAUAUAGCAGUGGCUGUGCAGUGUGAACUCUAGUUCUUGCGAAGAGCUAGCUGAGACUAUGAAACAAUUUAAAAUUCCAUGCCUGAUAUAAAUAGUACCCUAAAACUGAAAUAUUAAAUCAUCUACUCAAAUACACUUUUGAUAAAAAUAGUAACAUAAAACUACUAUAUCCUGAAUACUCAACUGUAUUGAAAAUACUUGAAGUUGAUUUUGAUAUUAAAUGUAUAAUUUUUUUCAUUAUUAACUGGAAUUUGUUGACUUUAUGACAAACCAACAAUUAAAACAUUUCAUUUAUUCUCCAUCACAAAAGAAAAAUAUUAUAUUGUAUGUAUAUAAAUAUAUAUAUCAACUGAAAUAAAGAAAAGGAGAACCUUA